ACUGUAUCAUUUUAUGUAUUGUAAUAUUUACGUGUUAUUCAAUAACACACUUACUUAAAAUAGCUACAAGAAUCCAAAAUGACCUAAACAAUACGCAGAUUUAUUGAACUGACCUAAAAUGUCAUUCCGCCUCAAGACUCGCUCGGAUUGGUUCGCCAGGACGCCUCAUCUUCCUGUCCCUGUGUUGCCUGGUCCAGUAUCUUAUGUGUUUUUCAACUACAUGAGAAAGCAGUAUCGUCAGAGAAAACCGUCUCCUGGGCCUCGACCUUCCCCUAAGCAAAUCAUCAGUGAGCUUUCGUAUGUACAGCAAGGGGAUAUGCACAAGUACGCCGACAUACGCUACAAUUUCAUGAUUGGUCCUGAUGGUUACGUAUAUGAAGGCAGGGGAUGGAUAUCGGCAUCUACUCUACCAAUUCAAAUAACCAAUACUACAUUCCAUUCGUUGUACAUUGGAUAUAUUGGAGACUAUGCGGAUAUGCCACCUCCAAAAGAAACAUUUGAAGCAAGAGAUGAACUGUUGAAGUUUGGAGUUCAAAACAAAUUUAUCAAAAAAAAGUUUUAUAGCGUUACCCUUCAGCUACCAGAUAGUUAUAAAUGCCGAUGGGAAGAAUACGUUGGAUAA